AACUUUUUUCCAAUCAUACAACCACUUCCUCUGGGCCACAUCACGGCUCCAUUUGUAUGUGUGGAACCUUGCCCGCCCACCAAAACCAUUGUCGUUUCAAGGACUUUUCUUCACCAAUACUCACGAUGUCUGGUGACGAAUCUGAUUCUCCGCCUAAGGAAACUUACAUUGCCUACAAGAUUAAGACUAUCUUUGAGUUCACCCCAGGGGCUAUUCACAAAUUGCUUCGCACCUACAAAGAAAAACAAUCUAGGCAGUUGAUUCCGGUCGACUGCUUUUUUGAUUCAAAGUUGAAACUCUUUGUGCUGUGGGGAGAUCAAGAGGCUUGCUAUGGUGCCUUCAAAACUUUCAUGGAUGUUCUUAGCGUUGCUGCCAAGGAUGCUAUAACUACAAUUCGGUAUGGCGAUAAGGUCGAAGCACCAAUCAAAAGAUCUCCGUUUUCCCAUCUUAACCUCGGAGCCGUGCAAUGGACGGAGGAUGUAUCUGAUGAUGAUGAGCCGGAUAGCCACGAUGAGCGUGGUGACGACGAUUUCCUUUUACCAGUUUCUUCCAAAGACCUAGUGACUAGCUCGUCAAAGCCUAUUGCGGAGCAUAAGUACACCGAGACUUGGGACCCCAAGCUAUCCACACUGGAUUUCAGCUAUGUACUUCACCCUGUUGAUGGGUACCAUUUCAUAAAGCAAAUUUCGAGGGUUACUGGAUGCACCCUUUCUCCCGAUAAGGUUAAAAAAGUGGUUAAAAUAGGCGCGGGGAGUCCUGCAUCGAUAAAGCUUGCUCUAAAGAAACUUCGCAAGGUCCUUGAACGUUAUUGUCGCGGCUUCGAGUCAAUUGAGGCUACCCUCGUCAACCCUGAUGAAAAAAAGAAGUUUGAGAUCCGCCUAGUCUCUCUGGAAAAGCAGAGUGAACUAAACAGAACAACUCUCUACCCUCAUGGUUCAAAGUGGGCUGAAAUUCCGGUCGAAAACAAGUUCCUUAUUCGUAUGGCCGAAUACUCCCCGGAAGCGGGGAAGUUUCUCAACUGCAAAAUAGAACCUCGCUCGCUUCAGGAGCGGUUUGCGUGUUUGACGGACCCACGGCACAGGUGGGAGCGCUAUCUUGAAUCUAGGGGAGUGUGGGAUGGAGAUGCUGGUGACUCAUUAGCGCCAUCUACGUUCAUACUGGGCUCGGCACUUAACCGUGCCGGUGGCUUUCUUAUGGGACCCGAGUCGAACAGUGGUGAUGAUGACGGGACUCCCACUCUAGAUUUGUGCGAUCCUCAACUCAAUUUUGAUUCACGUCUCGGUACCCAACCGCCGUAUGAGAUGCGUGCCAAUGCUGCUCCGACGGUCAAACCGACUAUACGCACUGUCAGGGCCAAGAAAAGUGCAGAGCAAGAGAAAGGCAUUGGUUUCGCUAUCAAAGGUAAUAGCGACCUUCUCGAUGGUGAGAUCACCCUGGAAUCGCCAACCCUUUCGCCUACACCCGCGCCUACAAGAAACCAGGACCAUGUCUUCUCUUUUGAAGGUGCCUUCUCGGAGAUACAGAGGCCACCUCCAACUGUUAUACCGACCACUCGUACUGUGAGAAAGCCAAGGGCUAAGAAGACCGAUGCCGGUGCCCCUGAGGUCGGGACAAAAACCCUGCAUCGAACAAUGAACCAGCAGGCUCCUGUACGCACCAAAGAGGGUCGCUCUGAUCUCACCGAUGGAGUAGACGAUAGUAAAAGGUAUGCUCUUGGAUGUAUCGUGGCUCGUAUAAAGGUUCACAGUGUUUCUAGGGUGACAAAGUACAAUGUUCAGAAAAUACAAAAGAUUUUCAAAUCCUGGUACGGGUUCACUUUCCUGUCGGUCACAGUUGCUAAUUUUGCGAUCAGUUUCACGCAUGUCCGUGGUUGGAGAGGCCACGUCAAGUUUGAAGCAAGUUUGGGACGUAUUGUCCUUACGGGAGUUCCGAGAACCAUAUCCAGGCGUGGAAUCGAAUGGGGUGAUUGGGAGUCAUCUGUGGAGAAGCUUAAGGAGAUUAAAACUCAUUUCACUAGCGUGUACGCUCAUCUGCUCCUUUUUUCCGGGGGCACUCAAUACUUACCAUUUUAUAGGGUUACCCGUGAAGCUCAUGACGUCGAACAUGUUCUUGAUUUGAAGCUUAGCAGGUUUGAAGCCAUGUUUUCGGGGGAUCUUAGAUCAGAAGAGAUCACAUAUGAAUUUCACUGCGAUGUAGAAAGCAAAAACAGAAUAUUUGUCAUGAAUGCACAGACAUUUGAUGUGACCUGCUACAACGACGUCAGUGACUUUGGGACUGUCUACUGGGCCCAUCCGACCAGGGCCUGGGAUGCCAGGAUUAGACUUGCGGGCUGUAAGGUUCUCGAUCUUGAGACACCAGGAUUUGCGGAAUUCCUCGCUAGCAUCUCUGUUCGCGGCGGAGGGAGCCCCCCUGCAGUCGGUUUCGACGUCAAGGGAACUGGUAUCACUGUGAACAAAGUCCAAUACCGCCACAUGCUCAGGUACCAAGUGAACAAGAAAGUCUGCCUCGGCCAUGAAAUCGACCUUGCUGUCACCGAACUCCAAGAUCUCCAAGUUAACCGUCGGAGCGGCCCAGGAAGGCGCUAUGAGGCAAUCUCCACUGGAAAACCUGCUAUGGCCGCUGACGAGCGUCUGUCCUACCUGUUUUCCCUUGUCCCGGUUGAGAUUGAGAAGCAUCUAGUGGAGAACUAUAACCUAGAAGUGGGCGAGGAGGUCACCUGGAAUACGGAGGUCCUUGCAGAUAGAGGCGGGGGGGACGGGAUCCUAAAAGCCCUUAUUAGCGUCGUUAAUACUUUAGUCCAGAAAACUGACGAUGUUGGGUUUGAUAAUAACAAUAUGCCGUACCAGAGGUCGGUAUAACGAUCUAGGACCCGGAAAUAACGGCCAUCGCCACUGCACAGCCGAAAGGAAAAAUGGGGAGAAUUGUGAUAACGGCUAGCGGGGGGGGGCAUCUGGCCAUUUCUCGGGUUUCUUUUUCUCGUUGAUUUCUUUCAGCUUUUCUCUUAGAAUGUAUUUUCUCCAAGCGUGGGUUGAGCGGAUUGCGAUAACGAGAUGAUGAAACAUUUACCCUUGUUGAAA